AUGCUUUUGAACAAAAUACCCAAAUGUCUGACGGUCAAGGCUAGCAGCGUCCAAUGUCUUUCCUAUCAUAAAAAUGUGAUUGAUCAUUAUGAAAAUCCCCGUAAUGUCGGAACGUUAAAUAAAAAUGACAAGAAUGUUGGAACUGGAUUGGUUGGCGCACCGGCAUGUGGUGAUGUUAUGAAGUUACAAAUUAAAGUUGACGAUGGUGGUAGAAUUGUUGAUGCCAAGUUUAAAACUUUUGGCUGCGGAUCUGCUAUUGCUUCUAGUUCACUAGCUACAGAAUGGGUUAUGGGAAAAACUGUUGAUGAAGCACUUUCCUUAAAGAACACGGACAUCGCCAAAGAACUAUCUUUGCCACCAGUGAAGCUUCAUUGUUCAAUGUUGGCUGAGGAUGCUAUUAAAGCAGCAUUAUCUGAUUAUCGCAUUAAACAACAAGAGAAGAAAAAAUCAGAAGACCAGGAAUAA